AUGCGAAUAAAGUUCACUUGCUCAACUUUUUUCCAAGACCGCCACAAUGAAGCCCAUGAGAAAGAACGCGAUCGCGUUCGUGCCGAGAUCAUGGAUAAUCAUCGCUUCCAAAGUUUCGCCAAACAGCGCAGCAAUAACUGCGUGAAAUGGCAUAUCGCAGGUCAUGAUUAUUUCUGGGCCUUAUCUGAAAUUCUCGCCUCAGCUAGGGAAUGCAUUUUCAUUUUGGAUUGGUGGCUUUCCCCAGAAUUAUAUCUUCGUCGACCACCUGCGUAUUAUCCUGAGUGGAGAGUCGAUAGACUUUUAUUAAGGAAGGCUCGGGAGGGCGUUAAAAUUCAUAUCGUCGUUUAUAAGGAGGUCGUUCCGACUAUGUCAAUGAGUUCUAAACAUACCAAGCAUGCACUGGAGGACCUUCACCAGAAUAUCGCGGUCAUGAGGCACCCGGACCAUAUCGGCACCAUGGAUGAUGUAGAAUUCUGGAGUCAUCACGAGAAAGUCGUCGUAGUCGACAAUAGACGUGCUUGUAUUGGUGGUCUCGAUAUCUGCUUCGGACGCUGGGAUACUACCUCUCAUCCUCUGGCAGAUGCCCACCCUACUGAGAUGUACAAGACACUCUUCCCGGGACAAGAUUACAACGAUGCUCGUGUCGCAGAUUUCAAAGAUGUGGAUCACUACGUUAGCAAUACUAUCUCCGUCCUGGAACAACCUCGCAUGCCUUGGCAAGAUGUCCAUAUGACUUUGAUGGGACCAGCUGUUUUGGAUAUUAGUCAGCAUUUUAUUGAAAGGUGGAAUGAAGUUAAGGAACGAAAGUACAAGGAUGAUAGCCGAUUCGAGUGGCUAUCGCUGCCGCAUGCUCUCGAUGCUGCAUCAGAUGAGCCAGUUGCUAGACACCCGUUUAGGGACGCCUGGCUCGCAAGAGGCCGUCACUACAAACAACGCUGGCUCGGAGAAGACGCUCCUCCAGAGCCGGAAGAAGGACAUGGGCCCCACGGAACGUGUGAUGUUCAAGUUGUGCGAAGUGUUUGCGAUUGGAGCAUGGGGACUCUUACGGAACAUUCUAUUCAAAACGCUUAUAUUGAGCUCAUCAAUGAGGCCAAUCACUUUAUCUAUAUUGGUGCGUUUUAUCGGUUUGAGGGCGAUACUCAGCGUGUGCGGUGUUUGCUGAAUUUCCGUUUGUCGGUAUGGACAGAGAAUCAAUUCUUCAUUUCGAACACGGGGGAUCACGGCCCUGUUAAGAAUCGUAUUGCAGAGGCGCUUGUCAACCGGAUCGUGUCGGCUGCAAAGGAAGGUCGCAAGUUCCGAGUAAUUGUCGUGUUCCCCGAGGUUCCGUCUUUUACCGGACCUGUCGACACUACGUCAAUCAAAACAAUCCUGGCUGCGCAAUAUCGGACUAUCAAUCGUGGAGGCCAUUCGAUCCUCGAAGAGAUCAAGAAGGCUGGAUUCGAACCGUCUGACUAUAUUAGCUUCUAUCAUCUUCGUACCUAUGACAGGAUCAAUAACUCUCAGCAAUUUAUCUCAGAAAUGGAGAGAAAUAGCAGGGUCACGUUUGAUGAUGCCCAGGUUGCCUUAGCUAGACUCUGGCUCGGACCUCGCGAGGGACAACCGGAGUACAAGGUUAAGAUUAGGUCCGUGGCACCGCAGCAGGCGGACUUCGAUGCUGUGGGUCAAAUGGUCUCACAGGAUGAAAUCAAAGAAAUUCGAGUCCCGCCUACUGUUGAAGAGGCUCAGGAGACUAUCGCCAGGUUCCAAAGCGGUGCACCUCGGGCGGAUACGGCCGUUUCGGAUAGUGUUAACCGGCAUGUUCAGCUGGACGUUACUGAUUUAAGACGGGAGCAAUGGCUUGGGACAGCAGAAGAAGAACGGAAUGCUUAUGUUUCAGAGCUUCUCUAUAUCCAUACGAAGCUUUUGAUCGUCGAUGAUAGGCGUGUCAUUCUGGGAUCUGCAAAUCUCAACGAACGUUCUCAGAAGGGUAAUGGAGAUUCAGAGAUUUGCCUUGUUGUUGAAGAUACGGAUCUGAUUCCAUCUAGGAUGGACGGUCAACAUUACAUGGCAAGCCGAUUUGCAGCGACUCUACGCAGGAAGCUGUUCAGGAAACAUCUUGGACUGAUUGAACCCCAAGAAUGCAACGGUCCGAAUGAUCCCGUUACGCUCUUCAUGAGACCAACUCCAAUUCCCCAAAAGGACGAGUCCCAACACCCCUACAACGAAUUUGUCAUUGAUCCUUUAGAUGACGAAUUCUAUUCCCAAUGGACCGGCAUUGCCCAGAAGAAUGCAGAGAUUUUCCACGAUAUUUUCAGACCGGUGCCUACUAACCAAGUCCGAACUUGGGAGCAGCUCAAGAAUUACUUGCCCAAGAUUCAGCCCUGCCACGUUGCGAACGACUCGUUGAGUUUGUAUGAGAUUAAGAAUCGGCUUGCUGAAGUGAGAGGACACCUCGUCACCGCACCACUUGAUUUCCUGGCCGAUGAGCGUGAACUCACUAGCGACGAUUCGUUCGAUUGGCGAGGACUCAAUCCCACGUUGCCCAUCUACAUCUAGCGCAUUCCAGGCCUGAGGCACUAUGAGAGAUAUUGGACACUUUCUGGUUCGGGAUCACGCCACUGCUGUCCGCUUGUAAACGAAAUUGAGCCUUGCAGAUGUACUAACAUGUAUUUGCACCGGGACUGGUCCAAUAAGGAUUCAACUUGUGUUGGGUUUCACCCAGUCGUGUC